AUGAGUUCUAGAGAUGUUCAUUCAGUACAGCAAGCACGCAAUGUUGUAGAACAACUGCGUCGAGAACGUAAUGUGCGUCGGUCAACGAUCUCUCAAACGGCUAAUGACUUAAUGCGGUAUGCGCAGGAAUGGCAAAAAGAUGACGUACUCUUAACCGGCUUCCCGAAUGACAAGAUGAAUCCAUUCCGACCUAAAAGCUCUUUCCAGUGUUUGCUUCUGUAA